AUGUCAUCGGACGGCAACCAUGCAACGAUGGAUCCUCACAAGGAAGCCGUUUCGUCGGAAAAUACCACCACCAAUCUAACCGAUCUUGCACCAGAAGAAAGAGGUGGCACUGCAGACCAGGGAACACUGCACAACACAUCCUCAGAGAAGGGAAAAGAACCAGAGUCAGAUCCUACGGAGAAGAUCGAGAAUCUUCACAUCGACGACGUCCAGGCUGAUACGAAUCAUGUGGCUCCGUUGGAAAUCCCUCCCUCAACUUCUUCUCCUCCAGAACCUGCAGCUGCGGCUGAGAAGCCUUAUCUCGACCCGACUCCUAAGACGCCAAUCAUAUCAAGACACCCGUCUGUUCGGGCCUCAGAGGAAGAAUACAACGACAAAGACCCCGCCUAUGACCAAGACCGUCGGGAUGCUUCAGCGGGCGUUCAGGAUCGAAAGCCUGGCGAGGAGCAAGAUGUGGAAUCUACGUCGGAAAUUCAGAGUAUCAUGGACCAGUUCGAUGAUGCCUCUGCGGCACCAUCAAAAGAAGAAAUCAUGUCUCCACGACACGAAAUGGCGGGGCCGAUGCUUGGGUCGGGUGUUGGUUUCCCACCUCGAAGAUCCAGUCUGGAACAUCUUCGAUCAAGAGAUAUGGAUACCAUUGCCCCAUCACCGGCUGCUUCAAAUUCUGAAAAGCCGCUGCCGUCCCCGCCUUCGAAUUCGAGGGAUAAGAAUGACGCACUCAAAAGUCCUCCGCUGAGAAGUCCCGGCCUGACAUCAUCAACCUCUCUUCCCGCGCAACCACCGCCUCCCGAGCCAGAACCUGAACUGCCUUUCGAUUUCCAUCGAUUCUUGGAACAGCUUCGACACAAAUCGGCCGACCCGGUGGCCAAGUUUCUUCGCUCUUUUCUGACGGAAUUCGGGAAGAAGCAAUGGAUGGUACAUGAACAAGUCAAGAUCAUAGGUGAUUUUCUUGCCUUUAUCACGAAUAAAAUGGCGCUUUGCGAUGUGUGGCGUGAAGUGUCAGACAAUGAAUUCGACAACGCCAAAGAAGGGAUGGAGAAGUUGGUGAUGAACAGACUGUAUUCACAGACCUUUUCUCCUGCCAUCCAACCGGCCGCUCAACCCGCACGAUCUCGAUCUAGAGGAAGGCGAAAGGAGUCGGAGAAAACCCUUGUCCCCGGAAGACGGGGCCAGCAUCAGGAGGACGUCGAAAGGGAUGAAGUUCUGGCUCAGAAGAUCCGCAUAUACAGUUGGAUCCGAGAAGAACAUCUCGACUUGGCACCAGUAGGGCCCAAUGGCGAGAGAUUUCUCAGACUGGCCCAGCAAGAACUGUUGAAAAUUAAAGGCUAUCGGGCUCCGAGAGACAAGGUCAUUUGUGUGCUGAACUGUUGCAAGGUCAUCUUUGGCUUGUUGAAAAAUGCGAAGAGUUCUGAUACGUCCGCGGAUUCAUUUGUGCCAUUGCUGAUCUACGUGGUCCUUCAAGCGAAUCCGGAGAACCUCGUGUCCAACAUUCAAUACAUUUUGCGGUUCAGAAAUCAAGACAAGCUGGGGGGGGAGGUAGGCUACUACCUCUCGUCGUUGUCUGGGGCUAUUCAAUUCAUCGAGAGCCUGGAUCGCACCAGUUUGACCGUCAGCGAUGAGGAGUUUGAACGCAAUGUGGAGAUUGCAGUCUCAGAAAUUGCAGCACAAAAUCGGGAGGCCGAGGCCAUUAGCCCGCGUGUUCCAUUCUCCGAAAAAUCCGGCCUGGCUGAACCUGAACUUACACCCAGAAAUUCAAUGGACGUGACCUCUAGCAGCCCUAUUCGCAGGGAUGCCGGUCGAAUGAAUAGCAGCUUCGAAGGCGGAUCCGAUGAUAGUGUGGCAGGUCUUUUGCGGACCAUUCAGAAGCCCCUGUCAACAAUCGGAAAGAUAUUUUCGGAUCAAGACAAUCCUCAAGAACGCAGAUCUCUGAACAGUACGCAUCCAUCGGUGUAUCAAACGCCACGAGAAGGACGAACGUCCUCUUAUGAUGCGCAAGAGGCCGCGGCUAGACAAGCGAGCGCCGAAGCGGCGGAAGCCCAACGGAUCCAAAGAGCCGAACAUAGAACGGUCGUUGAAACACUAUGCGGCAUGUUUCCUAAUCUCGAUAAGGAAGUCAUUGAUGAUGUCGUGCGGCAGAAAGAAGGUAGAGUUGGACUCGCGGUGGACGCGUGUCUGGCUUUAACCGCGGGAAGUUAA